UUUAGAGGCUUCGGUUACCGUGGCAACCGCGUGCACGCCCGUGUGCGUCUUUGGGGGAUCCUGGAAGGGAGCGUUUGAGUUAAGGCUCCUCAGAGAACAACGUGGGUUGGAUUCAAACCCGCAUGUCAUGCAGACUUGUUCCCUUAGCCCACCCUUCGAUUUUAAAAGGCUUCCUCUGGCUGCUGUGUAGAGAAGCAGAGUCUGAGGGUAGCAGUGAGAGAGCCUAUGCGGAAAUCGGGGCACAGUGUGGUGUCCCGAGCUGGGGUAAUGCCGUCGGGGUGCCGAGGGACCGAAAGCUGGAGACGCGCCCGGAGGUAGUAGGAGAAGCUCUCUUGUUCACUCCGACGUGGGGAGCGAGCGCGGGGCCCCAGAUCACUGCGGCUUGAUUCCCCGCCGAGCGCGGCGUCUGUCUGCGGCUUCAUCGGUCAGCCUUAAGCCCCUGUUUUUCUUCUCAGUCUUCACACGGCAAAAGAUAAGGUGUCUGCCUCGGAUUGCUGUGGGGAUUAAGUGAAGUAAUUUAUAGGCCAGGUAUAUAAUAUGAGUGAUUUCAGUGAAGAACUGACAAGGCCUGGGUCAGACGAUGACCAAGUGGAAACACCUAUGGUCUCUGGUACCGGAAUGCACUUUCCGUGGCUUCGGAAGCAUCUAGAUUCCGUCGCGACUGGAGGGAAGAAGAAGAAGGACUUUGCUCAGACCACCGGUGCUUGUUUAAGUCUUACCCAGGAGGCACUGCUGAAGCAUCAGUGGCCGCGGGCCGCGGGGUUCAUGCACAGCUACCUGCAGACCCUGGAGGACUCGGACAGCAGCAAGAGGCAGGCAGCGCCCGAGAUUAUAUGGAAGCUUGGAAGCGAAAUUCUAUUUUACCACCCCAAAAGCAAUGUGGAGACUUUCAAUACCUUUGCGGACCAGAUGAAAAACAUUGGCGUCUUGAAUUACUUGAAGAUCUCCUUGCAGCAUGCGCUGUACCUUAUUCAUCAUGGGAUGCUGGAGGAUGCGAGCAGAAAUCUCAGCCAGGCGGAGACGUGGAGAUACGGGGAGAAGUCGUCUUCCCAGGAGAUACUGAUCAACCUUGUUCAGGCCUAUAAAGGGCUUCUGGAAUAUUAUAGUUGGUCUAAGAAGAAGAUGGAAUUGUCACAGCUUGAUAAGGAUGAUUAUGCUUAUAGCACAGAAGCCCAAAAUAUAUUCAGCCACAGCUGGAAGACAUCUGUAAAUUUUAGUGCACUGAUUAAAACUCCUGGAGUCUGGGACCCUUUUGUGAAGAGUUAUGUAGAGAUGCUGGAAUUCUAUGGUGACCAAGACGGAGCCCGAAAGGUACUCACGAAUUAUGCAUAUGAUGAAAAGUUCCCAUCAAAUCCAAAUGCCCACAUCUACUUGUACAGCUUUCUGAAGAGAGCGAAGGCACCAAGAGCAGAGCUGCUAAGUGUGCUUAAGAUUUUGUAUCAGAUUGUGCCAUCUCAUAAACUGAUGUUAGAGUUCCAUGUGUUACUUAGAAAAUCAGAGAAAGAAGAGCACCAAAAACUGGGGUUGGAGGUGUUGUUUGGACUUCUGGAUUUUGCUGGAUGUAGGAAGAAUGUAACUGCUUGGAAAUACUUGGCAAACUAUCUGAGACAGAUUUUAGUGAAGAAUCAUCUUGGAUGGGUCCAGGAAGAGUGGAAGACCAGGAAGAGCUGGUGGCCAACCUUCCACUUCAGUUACUUUUGGGCAAAAAGUGAUUGGAAGGAAGAUAGAGACUUGGCUUAUGAGAAAGCAUUUGUAGCUGGAAUGCUGUUAGGAAAAGGCUGUAGGUAUUUUCGUUAUAUUUUAAAACAAGAUCAUCAAGACCAAAGGAAGAAAAUUAAACGGAUGAAGAAAUCAGUGAAAAAAUACAGCAUUGUGAAACCAGCAGUAUGAUUUAAUUUUAGUUAUUUUUCAGUUGUAGCCACAGAGUGGUAGCUCAGUAGUUACUGAGUAUAUUUAUUUGAUGUCUUACGAAAGUAGUUUAUAUGCCUAUAAACACUCUUUUUAUACUUUUUAUGUUUCAUUUUGUUGUGAGUUACAGCUAAAAAAACCACACUGCCUUUGCUUUUUGUAAACAUAUGUAUUUUUUCUGUUUUGUAAUGUUGAAUGCACUGUUUUUAAAGAAAUGAUUCUUCAGAUGAAAAAGGUAUUUGUUUAAUUAGAAAAUAUAGCUGUACAGCAGUUAUUGUUUACAGAUAACUUGCCUCAUGCUCCCGUGUAAUAAAAUGCAUAACUUACACUGCUGAGAAA